UUUAUAGUAGUGUUGUGCCGACAGUAAGGCAUGAGCAGAGAGAGAGAGAGAGAGAGAGAGAUAAGAGAGUGAGUGAAAGAGGGAGAUCAUACAGUAGGUGUGUACUGUAAGUCACAGUCAAAGCACAAGUGUAUGUCAGCAGAGACACACCGGGCACUGAAGCUUCUCUAAAUCAGAAACCCUUCUCCACCCUCACCAUCCUCUGUGGUGUAGCUGUGAUUGAACGGUAUAGAAAAUCCAUCAGUGUGCGUCACCUCUGUGCCCUGUAACCUGGGGGACACACACCUCUCACCUGCUGCUUUCUCCACUGUAACUUUCUUUCCAACCUCACCCUGUGUCAUCAUGGAUCUAAUGGAGUUGGGAGACAUGGGCAGUGGUUGUGAAGAUGAAAACUGUGGCAUAGCAUCAAACCUCCCAGAGAACUGCUUAAACAACGAGUGCCAGUGGGAGGAACCUAUGUUUGGAUUCAUUGAGUUGGUGUGCGUGACUGUCAUUUACAUUCCACUGAUGCUCCUUGGUCUUCUGGGAAAUAUACUAACAAUUCUGGUGGUUUGGCUCCGUCCACACAUGAGAGGCUCUACCUACCUCUACCUGAGCAGCAUGGCUGUUAGUGAUCUGUUGAUACUCCUGCUGCUGCCUCUGGAUCUGUAUAAGCUCUGGAGGCCCAGACCCUGGCCCUUAGGAGACCUUGCCUGUAAGCUGACCAUGUUCCUCUCAGAGUGCUGCACCUUCUGUACCAUCCUCCAUAUCACCUUCCUCUCCCUGGAGAGGUACCUGGCGGUCUGCUGGCCAAUCAUGGCCAAGACGCAAGUGACACGGCGCAGAACCAGGACUCUUAUUGGCUGCCUUUGGCUGGGUGCAGCUGUCAGUGCAGCACCGGUGUUGGUCAUGGUUGGAGUGGAGGAAGUUGGGGGAGAGGAGCGAGCGAUCAGCGGAUGGAGGGAGGACGGAAGGUGGACAGGUGGGGAAGGAGAACAGGGAGGAUUUAUAACAGGUGGAGGGGAAAGCAGAAGUGAACACAUGGCCUUGAUGGAUGGAGGAUUAGAGGGAAUGAAGUGGGAGGAAAGUGAGACAAAGGGAUGGGGUGAAAGACUUGGGGAGUUGAAAUGGGUUGGAGAUAAAGAGGAAAGAAAAUUGGGAAUAGGAGAGAUAGAUGAGAGGAAACAAAGAGAUGGAGGAGAAAUGAAAGAUGAAAAACAAGAAGAAAGAGAGGGAAAGAUGGAAGUUCAUAGAGAGCAGCAAAAUACAAUGAAAGAAGACGAGGGAGGAGGAAGGGAAGAGACUGACAUGAGGGAGUGUCGCUGCACACACUAUGCUGUCUCCUCCGGCCUGUUGUCGGCCAUGAUGAUUCUCUCCAACUUGUACUUCUUGAUACCACUCUGCGUCCUGGGACUAGUCUACAGCCUGAUUGGAAGGACACUGUGGCUCCGUCCGCAGAGCAGCCGUAGAGACCAGAGUCACCGACACACUGUCAAAAUGCUGGGAGUGAUUGUCUUGGCGUUUGUCCUCUGCUGGCUGCCCUUCCAUGUCGGUCGGACAAUAUUCUCUCUUUCUCUGGGCACUGGUACUGACAUUUUGUACUAUCUGUCUCAGUAUUUUAACCUGGUGUCCUCUGUCCUCUUCUACCUAAGUGCUGCUGUCAAUCCUUUACUGUACAACCUGAUGUCUGCCAGAUAUAGACACGCUGUACACAGCCUCAUACACACACACUCUCAAACACAGUCUCACCGCCUGCGAACACUCACGGCACAGCACUCCACGACCACUUUGUAA